AUGCGAGCCGUACGCCAAGCUGUCUCUGUGUUCCUUGUAGGUUCUGCCUGGGGCUCUGAGGAUGAGACCCGUCUGGUGAAAACCCUGUUCACUGGCUACAACAAGGUGGUGCGUCCUGUCGCUCACUUCAAGGACCCAGUGGUGGUUACAGUUGGCCUGCAGCUCAUUCAACUCAUCAGUGUGGAUGAGGUCAACCAGAUUGUUAACAGCAACGUUCGACUGAAACAGCAAUGGAAGGACGUGAACUUGCAAUGGAAUCCUGAGGAUUAUGGUGGAAUCAAAAAGAUAAGAGUGCCUUCCACUGACAUUUGGCGUCCUGACCUCGUUCUCUAUAACAAUGCUGAUGGUGACUUUGCCAUCGUUCACGAGACCAAAGUGCUGCUGGAGCACACUGGCAUGAUCACGUGGAACCCCCCUGCCAUCUUCAGGAGCUACUGUGAGAUCAUCGUAUUGCACUUCCCCUUCGACCUGCAGAACUGCAGCAUGAAGCUGGGUACCUGGACCUAUGAUGGCAACUUGGUUGUCGUCAAUCCCGACAGCGACCGUCCUGACCUGAGUAACUUCAUGGAGAGUGGAGAGUGGGUGAUGAAGGACUACCGCAGCUGGAAACACUGGGUGUACUAUGCCUGCUGCCCAGACACGCCCUACCUGGACAUCACCUACCACUUCCUGAUGCUGCGGCUGCCCCUCUACUUCAUCGUCAACGUCAUCAUCCCCUGCAUGCUCUUCUCAUUCCUCACUGGCCUCGUCUUCUAUCUGCCCACUGACUCUGGUGAGAAGAUGACUCUGAGUAUCUCUGUCCUGCUGUCUCUGACUGUGUUCCUGCUGGUCAUCGUUGAGCUCAUCCCCUCCACAUCCAGUGCUGUGCCGCUCAUCGGGAAGUACAUGCUCUUCACCAUGGUUUUCGUCAUUGCCUCCAUCAUCAUCACUGUCAUCGUCAUCAACACCCACCACCGUUCCCCCAGCACUCACACCAUGUCCCCAUGGGUUCGCAAGAUUUUCAUUGACACCAUUCCCAACCUCAUGUUUUUCUCAACAAUGAAACGUCCUGCAAAGGAGAGACAGGAUAAAAACAUCUAUGGUGCUGACUUUGACAUCUCAGACAUCUCAGGCAAGCCCACCCCUACUGCAGUCACCUACCAGUCCCCCAUCACCAAGAACCCAGACGUACGCAGUGCUAUUGAGGGGGUGAAGUACAUCGCUGAGACCAUGAAAUCUGAUGAGGAGUCCAACAGUGCUGCUGAAGAGUGGAAGUUUGUAGCCAUGGUGCUGGAUCACAUUCUGCUGUGUGUGUUCAUGGCAGUGUGUAUCAUUGGCACACUGGGGGUGUUCGCAGGCCGUCUCAUUGAGCUGAGCAUGACACCCUAG